AUGGCGUCUCGCCUUCUGCCGGCCUUGCUGCCUGCAGUACUGGCCUUCUUCCCUGUCCCGCCCGAGCAGACUGAGGAGCAACUCAGCCUUUUCGAGAAGACUACAGCAGCAGCCAAAGAAGCCAGCGAAGCUGCCACACCCAAGGUGUUGGAGUUCUUCAGUUCCCCCGAGUUCCGCGGGGUGCUUCAUGAAUGCUGCCCCGAUGUGGCCGCGCUGCCGUCGCAGGAGUUGCUGGAAAGGUUCCGGGCCGAAGCACGAGUCGCCGAGCUCGCCCACGCAUUUCCCGCCGAGUUCCCGGCGUUCUGGAAAAACCUCUAUGACGACAUCACGGAGGGGGAGUUGGGCGGCCUCUCUUGGUUGGCGAACCAGUUCCAGUUUGAGCUGAUCCACAACAUGACUGUCGAGUAUGACGCGGUCUACACUUAUGGUCAGGAGCACGUCUUUGGCUCGAAACCGUUCGCAGGAAAGCGUCCGACAUGGCCUGAAGCUGCAAACAGAUUGAUCUACGUUGCGCACAACAUGCGGCGUCUGGACACUGGCGCUCCAGCGGCCUUCGGCGACAUAACGGUCGUCUUCAACACCAGUCACGUCCGCAAGGCGGUGCUGAUCACAGCCUAUGACUCGGGCUGGUACGCGAUGAGCUGCGUGAAUCGCGAAAUCGUACCCAAACAACCGACAAGACCUCUGAAUUGCAGCGCUUGGCCUCCGUCCGCGGUGGGUACGCUCGAUCACUUUGACCACCUCAUCCUGCCCAAUUUACAGGUUCCUUACAACAGCAGUGCCACCAACAAAACCUGGAUGGACGGUGUCCGAACUCUCUGGAGUCGCGGUCUCUCCGCCGUGCCUUAUGAGGAUCUGCCCGGACUGACUGAAGAUGACAUGGCCAUGUACAUGGAGGCGGACAUCUUUGCGAAUCCGCGCUUCCCGCAUGCUGUGAAGCACAUCAUCGGCAACUUUCCCGCCCUCUUUGGUACAGAUGAUGGCCGCAGGCUGCAGCGCAUUGCCGCCGAGAGAUCCUGGCCCUUGUUCUGGGCGGUCGGCGAUGGGAAGCUCACACACCUCGCAAUCGACACCAACCCCACUCCCUACCGCUGCAAUGAGCGCUUCGCAGACCCUGCCGUUGGCACCAUUACGAACGCGAGCAUCCCAUGGGCUUCCGAGCAAGUGUUCGACAAAGUUUGGGCAGAUGUACAGCUGGAGCGUUCAAAGCGGAAUAUCACCGAAGCAGAUGUGACGAGGUGGUGGGCCAACAUCUCCUCAUCCGUGCUCCGCGUGGCGCCUCUUACUGCUGCCUCUUGUGUGGAUGUCGACCACUGUGUGGCCGUUGCAGUUGGCUCUGGGGACUGUAUCUGCCACCCAGAGACACGGAUCCUCAUAGCUUGA